GCGCUGUUUGCUAACCCGCCUGCGACGGACGCCCCAGAGCUCCGGAGACCACCCGCGCUGGGAGCUAGCAUGUCGGCCGUGGUCCUGGAGAAGGGAGGCUCACUCAGGAAGCUCGGCGACUUUGGACAGGAAACAAGCUAUAUUGAAGACAACUCCAAUCAAAAUGGUGCCAUAUCACUGAUCUUCUCACUCAAAGAAGAAGUUGGUGCGCUGGCCAAAGUCUUACGUUUAUUUGAGGCGAAUGAUAUAAACCUGACCCACAUUGAAUCAAGACCUUCACGUUUAAAGAAAGAUGAGUAUGAAUUUUUCACCUAUCUGGAUAAACGGAGCAUGCCUGCUCUGGCAAACAUCAUCAGAAUCUUGAGGCAUGACAUUGGUGCAACUGUGCAUGAACUUUCCCGGGAUAAGAAGAAAGACACAGUGCCCUGGUUCCCAAGAACCAUUCAAGAGCUCGACAAAUUUGCCAACCAGAUUCUCAGCUAUGGAGCGGAGCUGGAUGCAGACCACCCGGGCUUUAAAGAUCCUGUGUACCGAGCAAGACGGAAGCAAUUUGCUGACAUUGCCUACAACUAUCGACAUGGGCAGCCCAUCCCUCGAGUGGAAUACACGGAGGAAGAAAAGAAAACGUGGGGGAUAGUGUUCAGGACCCUGAAGUCCUUGUACAAAACCCACGCCUGCUACGAGCACAACCACAUUUUCCCACUUCUGGAAAAGUACUGUGGCUUCCGCGAAGAUAACAUUCCCCAGCUCGAAGAGGUUUCUCAAUUUCUGCAGACUUGUACUGGUUUCCGCCUCCGACCUGUGGCUGGCCUGCUUUCCUCUCGGGAUUUCUUGGGUGGCCUGGCCUUUCGAGUCUUCCACUGCACUCAGUAUAUCAGACAUGGGUCCAAGCCCAUGUACACUCCUGAACCUGACAUCUGCCAUGAGCUGUUGGGACAUGUACCCUUGUUUUCAGAUCGCAGCUUUGCCCAGUUUUCGCAGGAAAUCGGCCUCGCCUCUCUGGGUGCCCCCGACGAGUACAUUGAGAAACUCGCAACAAUUUACUGGUUUACUGUGGAGUUCGGGCUCUGCAAGCAAGGAGACUCCAUAAAGGCAUAUGGUGCUGGGCUCCUGUCAUCCUUUGGUGAAUUACAGUAUUGCUUGUCAGGCAAGCCGAAGCUCCUUCCUCUGGAACUGGAGAAGACCGCUCUCCAGCAGUACACAAUCACAGAGUUCCAGCCCCUGUAUUACGUGGCUGAGAGUUUUAAUGAUGCCAAGGAGAAAGUGAGGAACUUUGCUGCUAUAAUCCCACGGCCCUUCUCAGUUCGUUAUGACCCAUACGCCCAGAGGAUUGAGGUCUUGGACAAUACCCAGCAACUUAAGAUUUUGGCUGACUCCAUCCAUACUUCCAGGACCAGGCUGGCGGCUUGGGGGUCGCGAGUAAAGCAGGAAACGACCACGUGGCUACGCAGCCCUCACCUUCCGCUUUUCCGCGUGGACCGAGAGGCGAGGCAGCGGAAGAUGGGCGGGCUGCUGUUGGCCUUAAGUAUCCGCGCGUUGACGUCGGGCAGGACCACGGAGAGCUGCCGCCUCGAGGUCCUUCGGUCCUCCCAGCCCCGGGCAGUCUCCAGUUCCACCCGGGAGGACGGUGGCAGCCGGAAUCGGCCCUCUCUUGCUCUGCUCUCCCCACCACCGCCGGUGACUUCUGAGAGCCUGGAGUCCCGCCUUGAGCUAAGCGCCCUAUGA